AUUAUGUUUUUAUUUCCUUUUAUAUCUCAUGACAGGCAGUGUUCCAUUUCCCUCUUUACAUAUUCCAGCAGUGCUAGGUAGAUCAGCUCAGGAAGCAAUUUUCAGAAAGUCAUAAACAGCUGAGAAGGACAGGGAAAAUUCCACAGGAAACUUGUGCUUCCUUCAUGUCCUGUUAGGGUAAACAUUUUGUUGAACAUUUCCCUGAAUAUUAUGGCUUUUUUGGGGUUUUAAUGCGUUGUGUGUUAAAUUGCUUAUGGAUAUCCUUUCAAUCUUUACUUCGGCUUGGGACCUUUUUACAGAGAGCCCUGCUGUUAAAGCACUCAUGAAGAAACUAAUGAGAAGAAACAUGGCCUCGGCAGAGAUUUCCUGGCCUGUUCCCAUGAAAGCCAUUGGGGCCCAGAAUCUACUGACGAUGCCCGGAGGAGUCACACACUCUGGAUAUCUGCACAAGAAAGGAGGCACACAGAUCAACCUCUUGAAAUGGCCCUUGCGCUUUGUCAUCAUUCACAAAGGCUGCGUUUACUACUUCAAGACCAGUACCUCUCCAUCUCCACAGGGGGCCUUCUCUCUGAACGGCUACAACAGGGUUAUGAGGGCAGCUGAGGAGACAACUUCCAGCAACGUGUUUCCUUUCAAGAUCGUGCACUUCAGCAAAAAACACCGCACGUGGUACUUCUCUGCAGCCUGCGAGGAGGAGCGCAAAAAAUGGAUGUUAAGUUUGAGAAAAGAAAUUGACUAUUAUCACGACAAAAGGGAUACUCAGGCACCAAGUGAUUCGGAAUCUGAUGCCGACAGCUUUUAUGGAUCAAUUGAACGGCCCGUGGAUAUAAAGUAUUUCCCAAGUGCUGCUGAGGAUGAAGAUUUUACAGUCGAAGACGAUAGCGAUGAGGAAGAGUAUUUAAUGCCUGAUGGAUCGCCAACUUCACAAGGCAGGUCAAUUGUACCUCCACCAACAUAUCCUCCACCCCCAGUGCCUUCCCUGAAGCCACAUUUCCAGCAUGAACUUCCAGUACCUUCACCCACAAGCCGUCUGACCCCUCCGCUACCUCCCGCUCACAAGAAAAAUGCGCCGGAGCCAGCCUUCCACAAGAAACCCCCUCCUCCAUGUCCUCCAUUGAAGAAGCCUGAAGGUGAUCUGGGGUCCAGGGAGAUUCUAAGCAAAAAACCGCCCCCUCCUCUUCCUUUCGCUCCUCACUUGCAGAAGCCAGAGAAACCAGAGGUCCCUACCAAAAACCUGAAGUGUAGCGCAGUUGCAAAGCCUCCAGUCCCAGUUGUGAUGCCUCAUGAGACAAAUCUUACCAGCAAACCUUCUGCCACUUUGCCUGCUUGUGGUAGCAAUGACAAUAAAAUGGGAGGUAUAUCGUUUCCUGCUACGUUACCCAUUUGCACUGAGCUUCAGAAAAAGCUUACUGUCAUUUCUGAGAAUAAGCCCUGGCUGCCAAAUCACAAGAAUGGAAGCAAAUCUCGGGAAGUUAAGCUGCAGAGAUCCCCGGAGACUCAGAGACCCGGCCUCUAUAAGCCUCCUUUGGUUCCAAAACCUCCUCCUCUUUCAGCAAAGCCGAAGCCCAAACCUCCAGGACAGUCGAUACAAAGAUCAUCACCAGACGGACAGAGUUUUCGUUCUCCUGUGGAUGAGAUCCCAGCACAUCUGCGGAAAGGAUCCCAAAACAAAGGGAACGACUCAGAUGAUGACUAUGAAAAUGUACAAUUACCAGACUCAGUGUUCAUCAACACAAAGGAAACCAGUGAUGUUGAAAAGUUAUUUAAAUCAUCCUCCAAGUCUGGUUCUCCACAGGAUGGUCUUUACUGUGUUAGGAAUUCGGGAACAAAAACGUCAAAGGUCCUAGUUGUAUGGGAUGAAAGCUUAAAUAAAGGAAGGAACUACAGAAUUUUUGAGGAGAACUCCAGAGUCUUCCUCGAAGCAGAAUUGACAUUCCCUUCAUUAGCAGCUUUGGUUGAGCACUACUAUGUCUACCCCCUCCCUAAUCACAACACACUGUGUCUUCAGAAACCAUAUGGCUACACUCCGCCAAGGUGAUAAGACCAGCAUGUUGAUUCCCACCUGACCAAAUCAAGUCGUGUGUUGCACAGAAUCAAGAAGAUGUUUUGGCAAAAUUGAGAAACUAUCUUCUAUGUCUGGUUUUCAAAGCUAAUUGAUUUGGAGAUCUCAUCCAGCCUUUACUUGAAAGAAGCCAGUGUAUCUGCUUCAAUGAUGAGGCUGGGUCCAAGUCACCCAUGACUCUGUGUGGAAAGAAGACCAUGGUGUUGAUGGUGUUGUUAGUUUUGAAUGGAUACAAACAGCAAAAGUAUUUUGCAAAGGGAAGCAUCACUUGUUUUUUAACAUAAAAACAAAAAUUGGUUUUGAAUUGUACUCCAACAUGUCAUAUGCUUGGCCUGUCCCACGUAUGUUGUCAUGUAUGAGAUGUUAAGCACUGUUUUGCUUAAAAUAUUUAUUAGUUGUACAGUGAGGUGCAACUAAAUGUAUACUGUAAAGUUAUUAUCAGUUAGUGAGAACAGGUGACUCAUGAUUGUUUUCAUCAGCAGUCUCAGUGCUUGCCUUACUUAUACCUUUAUAGUAUAUGUGAUGGGGUCCACAAUGUUGUAAAAAUCUAGUACCCACAAAGGCAAUGUAAGGCAGUCUACAGAAAAACUAUAUUUUUAUAAAAUAUUUUACUAAUGAACUGCUACUAAGUAUCUGAUGUAAAACAAUAUUCUGAAAUAUAUUUUAAGUUACAUUUUUAAAACUAAUCUCAGUUUGCUCAGGUCACCAAAUUGACAGCGAAGGCUACAAAAGCUAGGGAGGAAAAAGAAAGAGCCCAAAUUGUGCUCCUGAAGUGGAGUUGGUUUUAGUUGUAAGAUAAAGCAUGGUUGUGUAUUAAAUUAUGGGAGACCUCAUGUGAAUCUUUGUAGGAGAACCCUGUAAGGGGAAUUUCUAAAGUAGAUUUCUGUGGCUCCACAACUUGUCAUCACCCUUUGAUUGGGAUGUGAUAACAGCAACAUUCUUAAGAGUGAAAACAGAAGGAUUCCUAAUGUCUAUCAGGCAUAUAGUACAGUGAUGUUCUGAUAAAGUAAUCUCCAUUCCAAAAACAUUGUAGGAAACCUGAGUCAAACACACUAAGUUUGGGAAGGAUAUAUAAAACUUUCAACCUGGAAAUUUCACAUUUGCAUGUUUAUCCUGGAACCAGUACAAAACAGGCAAUUAAAAAAAAUUCUAGAUGACAAAUUUGUUAAUACAAGAAGCUAUAGUUAGUAUUCUUUUGCAUAAUUUUCUGUGUUUAUUGGCUUUGAAUUGAUAGCAUUUCAGAAAAAGAUUAUUGAAUUAUACAGAUGUGAAUUGGUUAAAGGAAAAUUUCAUUUCUUUAAUUUUAUUUCCAAUAAGAACACAAUAGUUUGACAGUAAAUAUUGAGUCAACUGUUCUGUAAAAAUUCAUAAUUGUUCUUGCUCUUUACUGACUAAUGAAAAUGUAUUUCUCUUACUACAAAACUGACAUCACUCCCUACAAUUUGUUGUUUUCCCCUGGGGGUCACUGUGGUGCAGUUAGGAUCUGGAGCCAAAUCAAUGAUUUGAUCCAAUUUAGAAAAUGUUGGAUCAGAUACUAUAAAAACGUUGUGUUGUAAUGAAAUAUAAUACCAUUUUUUGCACUCAGUUUUUUUUGUUAGAAUUACAUUGUAAGAGUAUUACUGUGUGCACAGAGGAAACCACUUCAUAUAAGAAACCUCAGAUCUACAGUACCUGGGAAUACUUCAGAUUCCUGAUGUCAUGUUAUUGUUUCGAAUCCUUUAUCCUGCAUGUUGAAAGCAAUCUACCUGCUGCGUAACUGCAAGAAAACCUUGAACACCUGGAACAAGGAGGAUAUGCAAGUGCAGUCACACCUACAGUAACACAUUAACUAACUAUUUGCUGAAAGAGAAUCAAUUUAUUUCCCCCUUUCAGGAGAAAAUUCUCGCAAUUGCAGGAGUAAGGUUUGAGCAGAGGUUCCCACCUGUGCUCUGCUGACCCCUGGUGGUCCGCGAAGCUACUACUGAAGGUCCAUGGAAAACAUGUGAUGUGUAAUCAGAUUUAAACUGUAUUUGCUGCAGCCUGACAUUCUGUCUUGAAGUAAGCGAAAUGACACCAGUUCCCAGUUAAGUAGUUCACGUGUUCACGCACGAGCACCACUAGGUUAUGCAGUAACUCUCUGAGAUAACAGAUAAGAAUUUCAUAUAAUAUGAGGUGUGUGCAUUACAAAUGUUUGCUAAAUUCAGAUUAUUACUGUAUUGUUACAUUAGAUUUCCAUGUAUAAAAGGGUUUGAAAAACAGGUAGUAGCACUUGGUGGUCCACAUCCUUAAAAAUUGAAAAACGAUAUGCACACUUUAAAAGCCUGGGAACAACUGGCCUUGAGUGUAGGUUUUUGUACCACAGAUUUAUACACAAACUCAGUAUUUAAUUGGAGCUUUCUGUGAGAUACAAACAUCCUGCAUCUUUCCAAUGGCAAAGAUGUUGGGUUUAACAUCUUUGAUUGUUGACAUAUCGGUCUGAGUUGCUACUAAUCAUUAUUUAAGGGGCUUCCACCAGUGGGUUCAAUAAGAAAACUAACAACUGGUUGACUGGCGGUUGAGUAGCAGAAGAGGAUGAAAGUGACAUGUUAAUCAGCCCCAGGGCAGGCACUUAAUACUCACUUCUGGUCCAGAAAUGUCAUGGUCACUUCACCUAGUCAUGCCAACUUAAACAGCUUGUAUGUAUUAUAUUCACAGGUCCAAAAAAACUGUUUCUGGGUCUCUAACCAUUGUGUGCUUUCAGUAACCUGUAUUGGUUUCAGGUCUGUGCCACUCUCUGUUAUUACUGUGUGGCAUUAUUUCAAUUUUUUUUUGUUAUAAUACAAAUUAAAUGUUGUGGUCAGCUGAACUCUUACUGAAAAUGUUAGUGACAAAAAUUAACAGUUACCAUUGUUCCAUGACAUUUUCUCUACAGCCCCUUCACACAUGGACCCAAGUUACACAUGCGGCUCAUGAAUAUAUUAAAGUCAAAGCGAAAUGGUGUGUGUGUUUUCUGAAAACUUCUCUGGAUUUUCACCAAAAUGUGCUUUUCAGUUGUAAAUUGU